AUGAGUUCGAAAAACACGCGUAUCGCAAUUGUUAAUGACGACAGGUGUAAGCCCAAGAAGUGUCGUCAAGAGUGUAAGCGAGCAUGUCCUGUGGUGAAAACUGGUAAACUAUGUAUCGAAGUGGCACCAACGUCUAAGAUAGCUUUCAUUUCCGAGACUCUGUGCAUUGGUUGUGGUAUUUGCGUUAAGAAAUGUCCCUUCGAUGCCAUUCAGAUUAUCAAUUUACCCACAAACCUGGAAGCUGAAGUCACCCACCGUUACUCGGCUAAUAGUUUCAAACUUCACAGAUUACCUACCCCAAGACCCGGCCAGGUGCUAGGACUGGUUGGAACCAACGGUAUCGGUAAAUCCACGGCAUUGAAGAUUUUGGCAGGUAAGCAAAAACCCAAUUUGGGCCGCUACGACGAUCCUCCGGAAUGGCAAGACAUCAUCAAGCAUUUCCGUGGUUCGGAGCUGCAAAAUUACUUCACAAAGGUGCUAGAAGAUGACAUCAAAGCUGUCAUUAAGCCUCAGUACGUGGACAACUUGCCAAGAGCUAUUAAAGGGCCAAUUCAAAAAGUGGGAGAACUUUUGAAACUGAGAUUGGAAAGAUCGCAAGAAGAUGCCAAAUACGUGAUCAAGUCUCUAGAUUUGCAAAACUUGCUGAAAAGAGACGUCCACGCCUUGUCUGGUGGUGAAUUACAGAGAUUUGCCAUUGGUAUGUCGUGUGUCCAGACUGCUCAGGUAUACAUGUUUGAUGAGCCAUCUUCGUACUUGGAUGUAAAGCAGCGUUUGAACGCCGCUUUGGUGAUCAGAUCUCUCUUGGAUGCCACAACCUACGUUAUUUGUGUUGAGCACGAUUUGUCCGUUCUGGAUUAUCUUUCCGACUUUGUGUGUAUCCUUUACGGUGUCCCAUCGGUGUACGGUGUUGUCACUUUACCUGCAUCUGUGAGAGAAGGUAUCAACAUUUUCCUAGACGGUCACAUUCCAAGUGAAAACAUGAGAUUCAGAGGAGAAGCAUUACAGUUCAGAAUCGUAGAUGCACAAGAACAGCUGGAUGUAGGAGACGCUACCCGUGCCUUCACUUACCCUAAGAUGAAGCGCACUCAGGGUGAUUUCACAUUGCAAGUAGAGUCUGGUAGUUUCUCUGACUCUGAGAUUAUUGUUAUGAUGGGAGAAAACGGUACUGGUAAGACUACUUUAAUUAAGCUACUGGCCGGUGCUUUGCCAGCAGACGACGGAACGGAGGUACCAAAGCUCAACGUUUCCAUGAAGCCUCAGACCAUUGCCCCCAAAUUCCCCGGUACUGUGAGACAAUUGUUUUUCAAGAGAAUCAGAGGCCAGUUUCUAAAUCCUCAGUUCCAAACUGAUGUAGUCAAGCCUCUGCGAAUUGACGAUAUCAUUGACCAAGAAGUCCAGCAUUUGUCCGGUGGUGAGUUGCAGAGAGUCGCCAUUGUGUUGUCGUUGGGUAUUGCCGCAGACAUCUAUUUGAUUGACGAGCCAUCUGCUUACCUAGACUCCGAACAACGUAUUAUCUGCUCCAAGGUUAUCAGAAGAUUCAUUUUGCACAACAAAAAGACAGCUUUCAUUGUGGAGCACGAUUUCAUCAUGGCCACAUAUUUGGCCGACAAAGUCAUUGUCUUUGACGGUAUACCUUCUCAGAAUUCCCGGGCCGGCACGCCAGAGAGUUUGUUGACAGGUUGCAACCGGUUCUUGAAGAACCUGAAUGUCACUUUCAGAAGAGACCCUAACUCUUUCAGGCCCAGAAUUAACAAACUCGACUCUCAAAUGGACAAGGAGCAGAAGUUGAGCGGAAACUAUUUCUUCUUGGACAACACUGGUGUGUGA